GACGCGACGCGACGCCUAUUUAGGAGCCGAUCUCACAUCGCUUCCACUCCCACUCCGCGUUCCCUGCGCUAUUUCAUCUUCGUUCUCUUCGCCUUCGUCGCUCUUCUUCUUCCUCUUCUUCAUCUUCGGGAGGCGUUGAACGCUCGGGAAUGGAGGCUUUCUAUUGGCUGCUCUUUGGCGGGCUCGCCGCGGUGGUGGCCACCCUCGAACUCAGAAAGACCACCCGCGAUCGGGCCGCCACCUCCUCCGCCUUCAAUUCCUUCAAGAACAACUACAUCCUCGUCUACUCCUUCAUGAUGGCUGGAGAUUGGUUGCAGGGUCCCUACGUCUACUACCUCUACACUACAUAUGGGUACGGGAAGGGAGACAUCGGCCGUCUCUUCAUCGCCGGAUUUGGAUCUUCCAUGUUGUUCGGUACAAUUGUGGGAUCUAUGGCAGACAAACAGGGUCGGAAGAGAGCUUCAGUCACCUAUUGUAUCACCUACAUUCUCAGCUGCAUCACCAAACAUUCUCCGCAAUUCAAGGUCCUGAUGCUAGGACGCGUAUUGGGAGGGAUCGCCACGUCCCUGCUGUUUUCUGCAUUCGAGUCAUGGCUUGUCGCAGAACACAACAAGAGGGGUUUUGAACCACAAUGGCUGUCCAUAACUUUCUCAAAGGCCAUAUUUCUUGGCAAUGGUCUAGUUGCCAUUGUAUCAGGGCUCUUUGCUAAUUUACUGACAGAUAACUUGGGUUUUGGACCUGUUGCUCCCUUCGAUGCUGCUGCUUGCUUCCUCGCAAUAGGCAUGGCGAUUAUUUUAUCAACAUGGACCGAGAACUAUGGAGAUCCUUCUGAAAACAAAGAUUUGCUCACCCAGUUUAAGGUUGCUGCAUCAGCUAUUUCUUCUGAUGAGAAAAUUGCUUUGUUGGGUGCAAUACAGUCGCUGUUUGAAGGGUCCAUGUAUACUUUUGUCUUCCUUUGGACUCCUGCUUUGAGUCCAAAUGAUGAGGACAUUCCUCAUGGUUUCAUUUUCGCCACUUUUAUGUUGUCGUCAAUGCUAGGUAGCUCCAUAGCAUCUCGGCUGUUAGCCCGUGCAGUACCAAGAGUUGAAUCUUACAUGCAGCUUGUAUUUGCUAUAGCUGCAGUCACUCUUCUCCUACCAGUUGUUACAAAUUCCUUAAUAGCACCAUCAACAGUCAAAGGCGGGAGUAUUUCUUUUAGUGGCUGUAUUCAGCUCUUUGGAUUCUGUAUAUUUGAAGCAUGCGUUGGAAUAUUUUGGCCAUCCAUUAUGAAAAUGAGAUCCCAGUACAUUCCUGAGGAGGCUAGGAGUACAAUCAUGAAUUUUUUCCGCAUUCCGCUGAACAUAUUUGUGUGCAUUGUUCUAUACAAUGUUAGUGCAUUUCCUAUGACUGCCAUGUUCGGCAUGUGCUCUGCUUUCCUUUUCCUCGCCUCAAUGCUACAGAGGAAGUUGAUGAAGAUUGCUGAAGCCCACAAAUCAAAGUCUCCAGACUGGACUUCCAUGAAGGAAAGAGACGAUGAGGCAGAGCCACUAAACAUUUGAUGAACUAGACAAGGUGAUGUUCAAAACACAAAAUCGUUGCAUUCCUGGUGAGCAAUAAGUUUGCUGCAAUUCAUCUCCUACGUGCAGUUAUCAGAACUUCAGAAAUGCAGGACUUCAUAUUGAGGUUUACUUUAGAUUCUUAAUUACAGUCGUCAAACAACUGUAAAGUUUUACGAGUAUCUCUGUACCGCAGAAAUUAGACGUUUCCAGAAUUAGCCUCCUAAUACAUAUCCUUUUGCUGCUUCAUUUUGUAGCUUCUUACUAUCAAUAUUGUACUUCUUCAGAUUUACUAAUUCAUAAUGAUAUUCCUAUGUGUCAUUUUCCA